CGGUGGGGGGGAGGUAUUGGCGUGGCAACUGAGCAGGGGGUGUGGCUUCAGAGUCGGACAGGAAAAGAAAAAGGAAGAGAAGAUUCUGACAGCGAGAAAAUAAAACGACAUGGCUGCAAUUCGUAAGAAGCUGGUAAUCGUAGGGGAUGGCGCUUGUGGAAAGACAUGCCUGCUGAUUGUGUUCAGUAAAGACCAGUUCCCAGAGGUGUACGUGCCCACUGUCUUUGAGAACUACGUGGCAGAUAUUGAAGUGGACAGCAAGCAGGUGGAGUUGGCCCUGUGGGACACAGCUGGGCAAGAAGAUUACGAUCGCCUCAGACCGCUCUCCUACCCUGACACCGACGUCAUCCUCAUGUGCUUCUCCAUCGACAGCCCCGACAGCUUAGAGAACAUCCCUGAGAAGUGGACCCCUGAGGUGAAGCACUUCUGCCCCAACGUGCCCAUCAUCCUGGUUGGGAACAAGAAGGACCUGCGCAACGAUGAGCACACAAGGCGAGAGCUCGCCAAGAUGAAGCAGGAGCCGGUGAAGCCCGAGGAAGGCCGGGACAUGGCUAACAGGAUCAACGCGUAUGGUUACCUGGAGUGUUCUGCCAAGACGAAGGACGGGGUGAGGGAGGUGUUUGAGAUGGCCACGCGCGCUGCACUGCAGGCCAAGAAGAGCCGAAGGAAGAACGGCUGCCUCUUACUAUAGAA